AUGGCGAACGGAGCACACACGUCGGGGCGGCACUACACGGACGAUGAUACAAUACACAACGGCAGCCUGGGCGAUGGCCAGAGCGACAAUUCUACGGAGAUGACAGCACAUCUGCCGAGCCAGGGCUUGACGGCAGAGCAAAGCGAGCAUUUAUUAGGCGGCAGCAGGCAUGAGAACAUCAUCGACGACGACGAGGGCGGCGAUAAUCUACAUGCCAAAGAGUACGGCGACCUAAGUGACGUGCGCCCGCGGCCACGACGAGAAGCGUGGUGGAGGACAUGCAUCUUUUUAUGUGCCGUCCUCGCGAGUACACUGUCGCUACUACUGCUCGUCAAGAUUGCAUUCUUUGAUGGCGCUGCCGUUCGACCAGAACAGACAGAGCAAACAGAGCACGCAGAACAUACCGAGUCGGCAAUGACCUCGGCCGUUCCAGUGCCAGAGGUUGUGGCGACGACUGCACCAACCCCUGCAACAACGACGGAGCCCGUCGGCCAUGAGGCGACGGAGACGCCCUCAUUCCGCCGGCCCGAGUCGGACUACGUCCUGGACAGAAACUGGGACUACAACGCGCCUCCAACUGUCCGCGAGUACAACUGGGUCGUGCAGAACAUCGAGGCCAACCCGGACGGCAUCUUCCGGACGAUGAUCACCAUCAAUGGGCAGUUCCCCGGCGAGCUGAUCCGCUGCAACGAGGGAGACACAAUUGUGGUGAACGUGGAGAACAAGGCUGCCAACGCCACGGCCAUCCACUGGCACGGACUCUUCCAGAACGGCACGAACCACAUGGACGGCACACCAGGCGCUACCCAAUGCCCCAUUGCCCCCGGGCGCUCGUUUCGCUAUGAGUUCACUCCAGACUUCUAUCACGGCCAUCAAGGCGCAGAAUCCCUCGACGGGUUAAUUGGCCCCAUUGUGAUCCACUCACGCGAUGAGCGAAAGAACCAGGUGCUACCGUACGAUACGGACCGCGUGGUUCUUGUACAGGACUGGUACCACGACCUGUCGAGCGGCCUCCUGAAGGAAGCGCUCGCACCGGGCAGUGAAUCGCCUCCGCUGCCCAACGGCGCCCUCGUUAACGGCGCCAAUGUGGUCAACUGCGAUACGUAUCCCGACCGGCGCUGUGACAACUCUACUGGCGCGCGUGUGCCGGCGCUCGAUCUUGAAGCGGGCGCCAGCCACCGCCUGCGCUUCAUCAACGUUGGUGGCUUCGCCUGGUUCGAGGUCAGUCUCGACCGUCACCUGAGCCUGCCGGUCACAGAAGUCGACGGGGUCGACGUCGCGCCUGUGCUCGAGAAAACUCUUCUCAUUGCGCCGGGCCAACGGUACAGCGUGGUCCUCACGACCAACGAGACAAGCACGCCGGACCGCGCCUACUGGCUGCGCGCCCGCAUCGCCACGCACUGCUUCUCCGAGUACACGCUGGCUGGCCAGGACAACCCACAGACAUUGGCCAUUGUGCGCUACACGGAUAUCGGCGACAGCCGCCACAAACAACAGCAGCUCGACCCGGCCCGUAUUCCGACAACGAACAGUGACAGCGGCGACUACAUUGUCGUCUGCCAGGACAUGAACACACGCAAGCCCCCAAACGUCUACCAUCCUGUACCUGUCGUUCCCGCACCCGCAUACGCCGACCAUUCCUACUACAUCCGUCUCAACAUCGAGAUCCACGACCAUCGGCUGCAGCGGGGCUACCUCAACGGGUCAUCGUACCGACCCAACCUGCUGUCGCCUGCGCUGCACCGUGCCGUGGAUGGCUUACAUGAAGGAAACACUUCGUACAUGGGCGCCGACGGUGCAGGCACGCUCGCUGCCUUUGACACGCGCUCGGAACUGGUGCUGGCGCACAAGGACGUCAAGGUCAUUGAUCUCAUCAUCCAGAACUUUGAUGAGGGCAGCCACCCGCUGCACCUGCACGGGCAUGAAAUGUUCGUGCUGGGAUCAGGACACGGCUACUUUCCGGGCUAUGCAGCGCUAGGCCUGAAACCAGAGGGCAAGGGACUCGUGAAUCCGCAGAAUGCGAGCGUCAUUGCCAAUCCAGUUCGGCGUGACGUCGUAUCUGUCGAGGGGUUCGGAUGGACCAUACUGCGCGUGGUCGUGGACAACCCGGGCGUGUGGAAAUUCCACUGCCACAUGAUUUGGCACGGUGACGGCGGCAUGGGCAUGUUGCUACUGUCGCGGACGGACGUGCUGCGGGACAUUGUGAUACCCGAGGCAAACCGGGCCCUCUGCGAGGCGAGCACCGCCGAGCUGGAGUCGGGUGCUGCGCCCAAGGACAGCCUGUGGUCGGGGCGGUAA